AUGGAGAUCCCAGAUUCCAUCAGUCUAGGAGUGGAGGUUGAGUUCCUCACUGCUCAAUACAAAGACAAGGAUGCUCAAGUUCUCGAUCAGGAUCACAGAUGGGCAUGUGAUCCUCCGUCCGAGGACCCGUAUACGGUGCCCUCGCCUGCGGGGCCUCAUUAUUGGGCCGAGAUGGCUUCCGUCAUGCAAGGUUGCGAGGCUUUAGCAACCGCUCAACUUCCCACGGGAUGUCCAUAUCCUUCCAAGUCUGACCCUCUGAACCCUAUUGCCCAUGAUGCCCCUGCAGACUCGAUCCUUGAACUUCCAGACUUUUCGCGUAUCCGUGUCUGGAACAAAGAAGCUGCCGUGUCCAAGGAUGGCAUUGUCUCCCGAGCUGAUUACUGGUUCAUGGUUCGCGAAGCGCACAUCUCUGUCGACGUCCGAAAGCUGCCUGGGAAGUCACCUUCGACCAAGUAUAACUGGCACGGAACCGAACUAAACAGCCCUGUCCUGACUCGUCCUGAAGAGUUCAAGUAUGGGCUGCCUUCGCUCAAGCGAAGCCUUGACGCAAUUCAGAACAACGUCAAAGUUGCUCUGAAUGAAAGCUGUGGACUUCACCUCCACGUAAACCAGUCCGGGAAAUUGAGGCAGGACACUGCGAAACGCAUCGCAUGUCUCGUCCUUCUCCUGGAGGAACCCUUGCUAUACCAAAUCAGUCACCCGCAUCGAGGCAAGUCCCCCUUCUGCGUGAGAAUCAGCACGGAUUCCAAGGCUGUCAUGGAGGAAUCCUGGAUCCCUGGAUUGGUUGGUGACGGUGCCAUGCAGAUGGAGGCUCUAGGUAAGGUCAUGAAAAGCUUCGAGGACAGCAAUAAGGUAGACAAGAAGAUCCUACAGGCUAUGAAACGCAUCUAUGCUCAAGCCGGCCUCGAGAGUCUCCGAUCGAUUCUGAAGAAGUUUGAUGAAGGACCGGUGCGCACCACUCGCCGUUGUGGGCUGGUGGUUUCCAGGAACGAUACCUUGGAGUUCCGAUACCCAGCAUCAACUUUCGAUUCCGAAUACAUUGCGGCGUGGGGCCAGUUGGUGCGACACAUUUUCGCCCUUGCCAUGAAGCCAGCCGACGAGUUCUCGCAGAUUCUUUGCCGCGUGUACGAACUUGUCGCGCAGGACAAGGCGGUCGGCUGGGAGGCCGCGAUGGAGGCCAUCGAGUUCACAGACGUCGGCCCGGAGAAGUGGAAGAAGUGGAUCAGUGAAUUUGACGGGCCACUGAAGGACCUAGAUCAACAGGGAAUCAUGCCUCCGCGACCUAGAAUGGCUCUUGAUUAA